AUGGAUCUGAUCAACUCUAAUGAUUACCUGCUCAAUGUCUCUACUUCAAUAAGAAACAGCAUUCACAUUCCAACACCUGCCUCAAAAGUGAUUGUUGCACUUCUUUUGUUCACGUCAUUUAUAAUUGGCACUAUCACCAACGGUUUCUACCUAUGGGUGCUAAAAUUCAAAAUGAAAAAGACUGUUAAUACUCUCUUAUAUUUUCAUCUCAUUCUCUCUUAUUUUAUUUCAACAUUAUUUUUGCCAUUUCUGGCCAUCUCCUACCUUCAGGAAAAUCACUGGAGCUUUGGAAUGGCCACAUGCAAGGUCUUCAAUAGCAUUUUGUCUGCAGGGAUGUUUGCCUCUGUUUUCUUCCUCUCAGCCAUCAGCAUUGAUCGUUAUCUUCUCGCUCUUCACCCGGUGUGGUCACAGCUGCACCGAACCCCACGCUGGGUUUCCGGCAUCAUCUUGGGAGUCUGGAUUUUUGCCACUGCCCUCAGCAUGCCCUAUGUGGUUUUCAGGGAGGUACAUCAUGACCAUAAAGGAAGAGUGACCUGCCAGAAUAACUAUGCUGUGUCUACUAACUGGGAAGGCAAAAAGAUGCAAACGUUAAGAAAAUGGAUUCAUGUAGCCUGUUUCAGCAGCCGCUUCUUGCUGGGCUUCCUUCUGCCUUUCCUCAUCAUCACCUUUUGUUAUGAAAGAGUAGCCAAAAAGAUGAAAGAGAGGAGCCUCUUCAAAUCCAACAAGCCCUUCAAAGUCAUGAUGACUGCCGUUAUCUCUUUCUUUGUGUGUUGGAUGCCCUACCAUGUAUACCAAGGUUUAAUUCUCACUAAGGACAGAUCACUACUUUUCCAGUUGACUCUGAUACUCACAGUGAUAACUACUUCUUUCAAUACUGUCUUUUCUCCCACACUCUACCUAUUUACUGGGGAGAACUUCAGAAAGGUUUUCAAGAAGUCUGUUCUUGCUCUUUUUGAGUCAACAUUCAGUGAAGAUUCUUCGGAAGAAAGGACACAAAACCUAAAUUCAGAAGCCGAUAUUUAA